AUGACCUCCUGCUACAUCAGCUCAUCCCGCUGUCUGGGCAGCACUCAGAUGCCCGAAGCUGCAAAUGUCUGCGGUUCCUGCAUUGACGUUGGGGGCCAGCCUGGGGCAGAGGCCAAGGCUGCCUCCCUGUGCCUCUCCGCCACCCUGGCACAUGCCAACCGGGUGCGUGUGGGGACAACUCCUCUGGGCCGACCCAGCCUCUGUGUGCCCUACAGCUGCCAAACCGCUUGCCCCUUGCCAGGGACCCGUGACAUUCCCGGCAACAUCGGAGUGUGUGGGAACUAUGGGGAAGGCGCACCGAAUGGGCACGAGAAGGUGACCAUGCAGUUCCUGAACGACCGCCUGGCCAACUACCUGGAGAAGGUGCGUCAGCUGGAGCGGGAGAAUGCGGAGCUGGAGACCAAGAUCCGAGAGUCGAGCAAAUGCCACGAGUCCAGCGUGUGUCCAGACUACCAGUCGUACUUCCGGACCAUCGAGGAGCUCCAGCAGAAGAUCCUGUGCAGCAAGGCUGAGAAUACCAGGCUCAUUAUUCAAGUUGACAAUGCCAAGCUGGCUGCUGAUGACUUUAGAAUCAAGCACGAGAGUGAGCUGUCCCUACGCCAGGUGGUGGAGGCGGACAUGUGUGGGAUGCACAAGCUCCUGGAUGACCUGAGCCUGGCCAAGGCCGACCUGGAGGCCCAGCAGGAGUCCCUGAAGGAGGAGAUGCUCUGCCUCAAGAGCAACCACGAGCAGGAAGUCCACAUCCUGAGGGGCCAGCUGGGGGACAAGCUCCAGAUUAAGCUGGACGCGGAGCCCACCGUGGACCUGAGCAGGGUGCUGGACGAGAUGCGGUGCCACUACGAGGCCAUGAUGCAGACCGGCCACAACGACGUGGAGCAGUGGUUCCAAGAUCAGUCCGAGAGCAUCAGCAAGCAGGACAUGUCCUGUUCCGAGGAGCUGCAGUGCUGCCAGUCGGAGAUCCUGGAGCUGAGGCGCACGGUGAACGCCCUGGAGGUGGAGCUUCAGGCCCAGCACAGCCUGAAGGACUGUCUGCAGAACUCCCUGUGUGAGUCGGAUGCACGCUUCGGCACCGAGCUGGCCCAGAUGCAGAUCCUGAUCCGCGACGUGGAGGAGCAGCUGUCUGAGAUCCGGGCUGACCUGGAGCGGCAGAACCAGGAGUACCAGGUGCUGCUGGACGUCAAGGCCCGGCUGGAGGGCGAGAUUGCCACGUACCGGAAACUUCUGGAGAGUGAGGAUUGCAAACUCCCUUGCAAUCCAUGCUCCACCUCUGCUGCCUGUGUGACUCCCGCCUGUGCGCCUCGUCCAAGCUGUGCCCCCCGCACCACUUGCGGGCCUGGGUCGACCUGUGGAGUCAGCACUGGGAGCCGAUUCUGAGUGCCCGUGUACCAGCAAGGGUGGUUAGAGCAAGGGGAUGCCUAAAGAGAAAUGCUUGUUAUACAUCCAGAAAAUAUGGCUUCUAACUAUUGCUGACUUUCUGCAUGCAGAGCCUGUCCAAAGACCACAAGAUAUCAGGAGAAGUGGAAUCUUGGUCAGGAGGCUUCUUUCCCAGCUCCAGAUUUUCCCAGAUUAGUUCCAUGCUCUCAGUGGCCGGAUCCCAGCCACCACUGGUGGGACUAUCUACGUUGGAGAGACUCAGGCAUUGGAUCAGAUUGAAGAAGUAUCAUGGGGUGAGGAUGGGGCAGGACCUGAAACUGCAUUUGCAUUUCAAGCACCAACUUUAGCUUGAAAAAUUUCCAGUUUGUGGCCAGGAAAGUGAGAAACAAACUUCACUGUUUGGGCUCCCCGCCCCCCCCCCCCCCCCCCCCCCGUCCCCGAUGUACUGAUUCUGUUUCUAACAUCUGCAGCCCCAGAUAAUGGCCCCAGUGAGGGGGGCAAUGAAACUAGAUAUGACAUAUGUGAACAAUUCCUCAUCCACUUCCUUCCUCCUGUCCUUCUGCUGCCCCGCCUUGGAAGUGGCUUCAUUUCCUCUCUAGUAAGGUGGGAGUUCCCUGUAUCAGAUCUGAGCUCUCUUCACUCAGAGUUCCUUUCUUUGACAAAGGACCAGGCUGGCCUCUUGCUAUGUAAAGAGAACUUUCAGAUUAAGAAAUCUCUCCUCUCUAGAAAUCUGGACUCUCAUAACUAUUGUCUGGCUAUUCUUCUCUCUUCAUCUAAUUUUACAGUAAAAUUUGGACAAUGACUUUAUUUUUUUCUAGUAGUUUCUCCUGAAAUAUUAAACCAUUGCUAAGCCUGAUGAUUUAGGGUGAUGGAAAAUAUAUUAUUACAAUAUUUUCAAAGUUUUUAUUCUUAUUUACCUUCUCUGCUCCCACCUCGUGUCUUCCCAUCCUCCCCCUUCCUGACCACAAUGCCACCACAUUGGCCAGUAUGUUCCAUUGGACAUCCCUGAGACCGGACCCUGUUCUUCCUCCUUCCUGGAAUGCUUCCCCUCUCUUUCUUGUUAUUCAGGCCUCGGCAGAAAUGUUACUGCUUAUGAGAGCUCUUGCUUGGCCAUCAGUUCACAUACUCAACAGCCUCGUCACUCUCUGUCUUGCUUAUUGUCAUCAUCAACAGCUAAAAUUGCCAGCUCUUCCAUUGUUUCCUCACUGAAAUGCUUACUGGAGAUUAGCAUUCAUGCACUGCUGCUUCCCCGGAGCCUAGCUCACUGCUUGGUACAGAGUAGAUGCUUAAUAAACAUCUGUUGAAAGAA